AUGGCCCAAGCUUCCUUCUUUAGCGGACCGCUUCCAAAUCGAGGCACAAACGUCUUCAUAGCUCCUGCCCCGGAUUAUCAGCAGCUCCCAGCCGCGCCCGCCGCGGGCCUCUUGUCCUUGCUUUGCCCUGUUUCUCCCUCUUCUCCUUCUCCCUUCUGUUUCCCCUUUUCUACACACAACACACGAAUCACACAAAACACCAUGGUUGGAACACGCAAACGUAGAGCUGAGGAGAGUGAGGAGGAGGAGCUCCAAUCGCUGCCUGAGGACUCUGAGGAGGAGGAAGAGUGA